UUAUCUAUUUUGCGAAGCAGAACAAUUGAUUUUUUCCUCUUGUUGAUAAAUUACAUAUAUCUUUGUGACAUUUGGGUGACGAAAUGUGCAGAAUAUCCGAAAAUGGAUAAAAUCCUUCGAUAUCUAUUCAUUUUGAUAAAUUUACAACAAAUCUAUGAUGUUGUGAAUGGCGAGCAGGAAAAUUUGCAACAAAAAUUCACCAGCAAGUGCGAUGAUUUGUGCAUUGACCAAAGUGAAAAUGGAACCAAGGAAUUGGGUAAAAAGGAGUGCUUACGAGGCUGCCAGUAUUUUAACAUCGAAUUUUUGCUGAAUGCUCGAAAUAAAGACAAAGACAAAAAUGUUGAUCUCAAUCAGUUGGUGGAACGAUGUGGUACUUCCUGUAGUGAUGCAUACAUCGGAGACAAACCGAAGAAAGAGCACUGUUUUCGUGGUUGCAAUGAAAUGAUGACAUUGCAAGCGAAAGCUCCGCUUAUUAACGGUUGGCUAGUGUAUAUGGGUGCCACGGACCGUAAUAUGGUACUGCUUCAACCGGAUUUUGACAUUCCAUCGAAAGAAGACUGGGUUCUAUUGGAUUCGAUGUGGCGUGCUAAUGAGUAUGACUAUGACUCACAGUAUGGUAGCUACGAUAAAAUUUCCACACAAAUUGAAACGGUGCCGCAUUACAUAAAUGGGCGUGAGCAAUUCACCAUAAAUUAUUGUAUUCCUGUGUGGAUGUGGAUGUUACCGCUUUUCUUACUAGUCGCCUUCAUCUACAUUCACUACAGCAAUUAUAUUUACGGUAUGUUCCUCAAUGAGAGUCUUCAACAAGAGUUCGGAUUGAUUUGUCCGAGCCAAACAGUGAACGGUGUGCCAAUUAAUGUGACCAAUGUUAAUGAGAAAAAGUGUUUGCGACCGCAUCAAGAAUAUUCCGUCGGCACUGAUUUCUUUUUCUAUCCCGCUCCGGCUGUUCCACCACCAAAGUACAACGAAAUCGCCGAAUCCAUGCUGAUGGACAGCAGCGAUGAUGAACAUGACACGGCCAUCUGCAACAGCAGCAGCAGUAGCACCAACACCAACCAAAAACAAAACGAAGCGCAGGUUAUCACAGCCAAAAAGGACGCCGGCAACGAGGAUAAGAGACAUUCCGUUGUCGACAUUUAAUUUAUAAGUUGAGCAGCAUUUUUUUCGUGUGCAAUUUUUAUGAGCAUAUAAAUUGAUUCUCUAUCGUCUUGAUCCGGCAGCUUGAACCAUUUAGUGGUGUUGAAUUGACCGACUCAGUUUAAUCUGCAUUUUCUAAAGAUUUACUUAUCAGUAUCGAUUAUACAUACUAUAUAGUAUUGGUCAUACAAUUUAGACGAGAAUCUCUGUCCCCUGAAAAAAGUAAACCAUGCAAAAUACUCAACACAUACGCUAAAGAACCAGACACAUCACGGAAUCUUCGACUUUGAGUAUUUUCGUAUUUUUGUUUCUUUUUUGUACAACAUAUUUUUUUUUUCUUCAAACGAAUCUUUGUGAUAUUGAGCUGAAUUCAAAAUUUUGAUUAUUUUUAAUGAUUUUUUUUUUGUUCAUUUUGAAAAAAAAAAUUCAGUUAAAUUGUUGAUUUAUGUUUAUUUUUUAGUGUGUUUGUAUACAUGUCGAUGUGUUGUUUGACAGUCAUCGGUUAAAUAUAUGCUUACGUGCUUUAAUUUGUCUUUUGUUAUAAUUUUAAUGACAUGAUAUUAUUUUUCUCUGUUCAUUUUUAGUCAUAAGUUCAGUAUAACCAUGACCUAUCAAGUCUUUCGUAAUAACGAUUCCAUCAGGCAAUAUGACAUAUUUUUUAAAUGUAAUAAAAUAAAUAACGAAAGAGGACAAGAGUGUUCAAUUUGAUAAUUCAAUUGGAUUUAUCAAAGGUUGUUCUUUGUAGUCGAAUCAACCGACAUAAUUUUUUUAGCAUUACACUUUCAUCUUGUGUGUGUGUGUUGAUGUGUAGUUUAAUAACUUGCAUUUUUGAAAUGAAAUAAAAAAAAACAAAAACAAAAAUAAACCAAAUUUUCAUCUUCAGAUAAACAAAAAAAAAAUGGUUUUUCUUUUCACUGAAAAAUAACUUGAUAUUUUGGAAUUAGAAACGAAAUUAUGUGUAUUUAGCAAAUUUUUAGCGCAUCGGCUGUAUUUAUUCUUACAAAUGUUAGAAACAAGGCAAAACAUGAAUAAAAUGGAAUAAAGUCUGAACGCAAUAUUUAGAUCAACAUGACAUUUAUAAAUUUCUUUUU